AUGCCGACGUCAUUACUUGCUCACAUGGUGAGUAGCGCAAACACUCGUCGGAAACGAACAGCUUUCCGAAAUCGCCAAUAUCCGGGCACUAUUUGGAAGACGGGCGUUCCGUUUGCUUUCCACAAGAGCUUAAGACCAGCUGGGCGACGCUCAGUUCUAGCUGCAAUUCAAUUCUUCAGACAUCACACUUGUAUUCGGUUCAGACGCCGUAAGAGAGAGUCGGUUUAUCUGCUAUUCACCGGGCAUGAUGAAGGCUGUUGGAGUACAGUGGGGAGAGCCGCGUGGCAACGGCAGCAGAUCGUCUCUAUUGGACCCGGCUGUGAACCUUUCGGCAUCUCGUCCCACGAAGUUGCGCACGCACUGGGUAUGUUCCAUGAGCAAUCGAGAUUCGAUAGGGACAACUGGGUUAAUGUAUACCCUAAUCGGGUUCCACGGUCUUUACUCUACAACUUUGCU